AUGUCGGCGGUCUUCCAAGCGGCCCUCAAGAGCACAGUCGAGCCUCUCAUGCUUGCGCUCACCGCUCUCGACUCGAUCAUGCUGGGCAUCGUGGUCGUUCAGGUCAUCUACUAUUGUCGGCAUGCCCAGACCAACAAGACGCAUAUUGUCGCUAUGGUCAGUGUAGCAGUUGGCUUGACUGUAAUAGCCACUAUCUUCUUAAUGCACUGGUCGACCCACAUGUUCGUAUGGAGUUUCGGAAAUAUCGUACCUUUUGCCGGUGUGUCCUUCAUCAUCCGAGAUCUAGCGAUAGGCCAGAGCUCAAUCCUCCUCGUACAGAUCUUCUACGUUGAUCGAGCGUGCAGAUUCUACAGUCACUGGUGGCCCGGACUACUUCUCAUGCCUUUCGUUCUGGCCAGCUUCGCGCUCUGCACCGCGACUCUACGAGUCACCACGGUCAAAUACAAUGCCUUGUCGCCUACGCUCUUCCAAGAUCCUGCGAUCAGCGUACUGGCGUACAGUUGGCUCGGCGCGGUACUGGCCACAGAUCUACUCAUCACCAUCAUUAUCGCGACGGGGUUGCGACGGAUCAAGACGGGUUGGUCACAUACCGACUCUAUCCUUCGACGUUUGGUCAUUCGAUGCUUUGAGACCCAGACUCCCGCGCUAUUGAGCUCCAUCGCCAUGCUCAUCGCUUGGCAGAGCCGAUAUGAUCUCGGGGUGAUCUUUGCAUCCAUCCAGUCCAAAUUCUACACGAUCGGUCUCCUCACGUCCCUCAACUUCCGCGCUGGAUCGCCUAGCAAUGUUACCGCCCAGGCGUCCAAGUCCAAGUCUCAAACUUCGGAAUCUUCGCAUCCUAUGCACAUGCUGUCCCGCUCCCAUUCUCAUGCUCAUGAGCGACACCCGACAGACAAGUCCGCCCACGAUGGCGCUAGCGUCGACGUACAUGAAGAUGAGUAUGCGUCGACGACGGGACUCCGACGAAUGUGA